AUGUCCCAACCACCCAUCCUGGAGAAACAGCCGCCGACAGGCAAGGAGAAGGAUGAGACCUUCGCCAAGGUGACCGCGCCCUAUGAGGACGAGAAGCAUCAUGAGGCGACGGCGCACCUCGCUGCCACGGCGGAUGACAUUGCUGCCGCCGAGGAGAAGCUUAACGAGAUGCCCCUCGACAGGUGUAUGCAGGUUCGCGAGAUGCACCAGUACGACCAGAACUUCUCGGUGGACACGCUUGACCGCAUCAACGAGCUUCUCGACAACCCCGAGGUGCGCGAGCACCCCGAACUGUACCAGGACCUGAUCUACACGAUGAAGCUCGAGGCGCUGCUCGUGGCUGAGAACUCUCCUUAUGCCGAAGUCCGUGCCGUCGUCGACAACUGGGACGAUGUCACGAUGCCUUCGCUCACGUUCCGUGUGUGGACGAUUGGUAUCAUCUUUGCCGGCGCUGGUGCUUUCAUCAACCAGCUCUUCUCCGUGCGCAUGCCCUCGGUCUACGUCACUUCCAACGUCGCCCAGCUGCUCGCGUGGCCCGCUGGCAAGCUGCUCGAGAAGACGCUGCCUUCCGGCAAGCUCAACCCUGGCCCGUUCAACAAGAAGGAGCACAUGCUCAUCACCAUCAUGGCUACCGUCGCGUUCAACACUCCCUACACUGGCUACAUUGUCCUGACCCAGGCUCUGCCCAUGUUCUUCGACCAGGCCUACGCCAAGAACUGGGGCUACCAGAUCUUGAACACGCUCGGUUCUAACUUCGUCGGAUACGGACUCGCCGGUCUCUGCCGCCGCUUCAUCGUCUACCCCUCGUUCUGUGUGUGGCCCUCGUCUCUGACCGCGCUCGCCAUCAACAAGGCGUUCCACUCUGACGACUCGACUGCCGUCCCCGGCCCCUUCCGCAAGAUGUACUCGUGGAGCCGCAUGAAGCUCUUCCUCUUCGCCUUUGUCUCUAUGUUCAUCUACUGGUGGUUCCCGGGCUUCAUCUUCAUGGCGCUCGGCCAGUUCAACUGGCUCUCGUGGAUUGACAAGUCGAACGAGACGCUCAACUCGGUCUCGGGCAUCUACGGUCUCGGUGUUAACCCGAUCAUGACCUUUGACUUCAACACGCUCAUGUUCAACGGCUGGACGCCCCUCGUCAUUCCCUUCUUCUCGGUCUUCAACCAGUUCCUCGGCAUGAUCCUCUUCACGAUCAUGGCUGCCGCGUUCUACUGGACCAACACGCUGCACACUGGCUACCUCCCGAUCAACACGAACAAGGUGCGCGACAACACGGGCAAGAACUUCAACGUCACCCGCAUCCUUGACGACCGCGGUAUCUUCGACUACGACAAGUACCAGCAGUACUCUGAGGCACACCUCAGUGCCGGUUCGCUUGUUUCGUACUUCUGGUUCUUUGCUGCCUACACUGCCGCCAUCUCGUACGCGAUCCUUUACCACCGUCACGAGCUCGCGCACUCGUUCAAGUCGUUCUGGCGCUCGAUCCGCCGCUCCUUCCGCCGCACCAAGACUGAGGCCGAGGAGGAGGACGAGCUCAAGGAGAACCUCGCCGAGGACAUCCACUGGCGUCUCAUGAAGGCGUACCGCGAGGUCCCCGAGUGGUGGUACUUCAUCAUCCUCUGUCUUGCCCUUGUCCUCGGUAUGGUCGGUGUCGGUGUCUACCCCACCAACACCACUCCCGCUGUCGUCAUCUAUGGUGUCAUCAUGGCUCUCAUCUUCGUCGUCCCCCUUGGUCUUAUUACCGCCGUCACCGGUCUCCAGGUCACACUCAACGUGCUUGCUGAGUUCAUCGGUGGAGCUAUGGUCCCCGGUCAGGCUCUUGCCAUGAACUACUUCAAGAUGUACGGCUACAUUACGACUGCCCAGGCGCUCUACUUCUCGUCCGACCUCAAGCUCGCCCACUACACGAAGAUUGCCCCCCGCCACACCUUCAUUGCCCAGGUCGUCGCCACCCUCGUCUCCACCUUUGUGUGCACGUCGCUGUUCAACUUCCAAAUGUCGUUCCGUGACGUGUGCACGCCCAAGGCCGCGUUCCACUUCAGCUGCCCGGGAGAGCACACCUUCUUCACCGCCGCCGUGUUCUGGGGCACGAUCGGUCCCAAGCGUCUCUUCGGCAACAACGGAAACUACCGCUACCUCCUGAUCGGCUUCCCCGUCGGCCUGCUGCUGCCUGUCCUCACGUUCUUUGCGCAGAAGAAGUUCCCGCGCCAGCGCUGGCUCCGUCAGCUGCACCCUGUCAUGAUCACCAUCGGUGGUCUCUCGGGCGCUCCUUACAACAUUGGCUACAUCUGGCCCUCGGUCUGGCUCACGUGGCUGUCGUGGAUCUACAUCCGCAAACGCUACCUCGAGUUCUGGUCCAGGUACAACUACGUCCUCGCCGCCGCGUGGAGUGCCGCCAUUGCCAUUGCCGCCAUUGUCAUCUUCUUCGGCAUCAACAUUCCCGAAGUCGAGCUCAACUGGUGGGGCAACAACGCCGACGCGGACAGCUGCGACGGUGUAUGCACCCGCCUCGAGAUCCCCGCCAAGGGAUACUUUGGCCCCGACCCUGGUAACUUCAAGUGA